AUGAACGAGUCUUACAGCAAGAGUGCCUGCCGAAUACCAGAAGAAAGAGACAUAAAAUACAAGCUCGAAAUGAAGGAAAUUAAUGGGCUGGAUUUAGAAAUAGAUUGCUAUUUAAAAAAGAUAAAGUAUGCAGAAAGUAUGUUGAAGAAACAUGAGGCAGAGAUGGCAGCUGCAGAAAAGAACAAACAUGACUCAAAGCAGUGCUACCUGGUGUAUCUAUUGGCAGUGAUCUACUUCGGGAGAACGUACUUGAUUGGGAUGAAAGCGCUUUUAGAAUAUUUAAGCCUCAUAGAUACCAAGACAAAUUUACUGUACAAAGUAAGGCAAGCAGAGGCAGAAUAA